GAUCGAAACGACCAUGGUCAAGAAGGUUGGCAAGUACGAGAUCGGCAAGACGCUCGGCGAGGGUACCUUCGGCAAGGUCAAGUACGCCGUCAACACGGAGACCGACGAGCGCGUCGCCAUCAAGGUGCUCGACAAGGACAAAAUCCAAAAGCAGAACAUGGGGGCGCAGAUCAAGAAGGAGAUCUCGAUCAUGAAGAUGGUCCGCCACCGCCACGUCGUCGUGCUCAAGGAAGUCCUCGCCAGUCGCACCAAGAUCUUCAUUGUGCUCGAGCUCAUUACGGGCGGCGAGCUCUUUGACAAGAUUGUGAGCGAAGGCCGCUUCAACGAGGAGACGGCCCGGUUCUACUUCCACCAGCUCGUCAACGGCGUCGAAUACUGCCACUCGCAGGGCGUGUGCCAUCGCGACCUCAAGCCCGAAAACCUCUUGCUCGAUGAAAAUGGGGAUCUCAAGAUCUCGGAUUUCGGCUUGAGCGCGCUGUACGAAGGCGGCGGCGACGGCACGGACGGCUCGCGCGCGUCGCUCCUCCACACGACGUGCGGCACGCCAAACUACGUCGCGCCCGAGGUGCUCGCGGACAAGGGCUACGACGGCCGCGCCGCCGACGUCUGGUCCAUCGGCGUCAUCUUGUACGUGCUCCUCGCGGGCUUCCUUCCGUUCGACGAGCCGACCAUGUCGGCGCUCUUCCGGAAGAUCCAAAAAGGCCGAGUUCUCGUACCCGAGCUGGUUCUCGCCGCGUGUCAAGACGCUCCUCAACAAGAUCCUCGUGCCGGAUCCGGAGACGCGUGUGACGCUCCAGGACAUCCAGCAGGACGAGUGGUAUCUCGACGACACCAACAAGCUCGAGCGCGCGCCUGCCCACGGCGCGGUGCUCAACCACCUCGAGAGCGACGAGCCGAUCGAGCGCUCCAAGCCGUCGAUCGAAAAGUUCAAGCUCAAGCCGUCGCAGGCCGACUUGGACUCUGCGAUCCAGGAGCACGCCGACAUUGAGAGCACGCGCAAGAAGGAGGCCGGGCCCAAGAUGAUGAACGCGUUCGACCUCAUCAACAUGUGCGGCGGCAUCGCGCUCAACCGCAUGUUCCAGUCCUUUGACGACAAGCGCGUCAAGCGCAGCACGCAGUUCACGUCGACGCUCGACGCGUCGACGAUUCUGACGAGCAUCACCAACCACAUGACGGCCAUGGCCGGCUGCGAAGUGCACGCGGACUCGUCCAACUUUAAGCUCAAGGCGACGCUCACGACGCCCAAGGGCGCGGUGGGCUGCACGGUGCAGAUCUACGUCCUCGCUGACUCGCUCCACCUCGUCGAGAUCCGGAGAGGCAAGGGCGACAUCUUCGAGUACCACAAGUGGUACACGGCGCUCAGCGAACGCAUGAAGGACCUCAUCAACCCGACUGCUGCCUCGUAAGCUGCCUGCAUAGUGGCCUCUUGAGCUGCCAGAAGACCAUAAGUGAUGGGUUAACACUGCUCCUCCUCUGCGC